CGAUCUUGCCGUCUUCCCAGCGCGGGAUCUCGACUACGAAGUUGACGAUGCGCUUGUUGGCCGCGUCCGGGUAUAGUGGUACGUCGUGCCAGAAGGAGAUGGGGUGGCCGUCUUUCUCGAGCCAGACGCGCCAUUCCUGGAGAAAGGAGAACAAGCACGGGAAAAAGAUCAUGUGGUUAGCAAGGCGGACUCGGCGGAGUACGUAUGGAUAUGGGAAGAGAAAGAGAACUUACCAGGGUGUUACGGCUGCCGAUGUUCCUCAGGCUGAGGGAGCUGUAGUCGAAGCUCGAGUCGAGGCGGGUCUGGAGGGCCGCAGCGGCGACUAGGUUGGGGAGAACGGCCCGGAGGAGGGUUUUGGACAGCAUGAUGGGAGGAGAAUAGACGAUACCGACUCAGGUAGAGGCAAAAGGGGCAGGGAGAAAGAGAGACGGGUUCGGAAGGUCUUUCUCUAAGAUGGAAGCUGCAGGCGUCAAAGAGGACGUAGAGAGGAGGGCAAGACGUUCAGAUACGACUCAGUAUAGAGACAGCCAGCUCGAACCUCUUAUGGAAGCUCGCAUCAGCCCAGGACGACAUAUUUGGGCUCAUGUGGACCCCACGCCAUCCGUCUCUUCGACACCGUUUACCGCUGAUGAAUCGAAGCCCUCCUCGAACACCACCUCGGCGCCGGCCCGGCUCACGGACGCCGUCCAAUGGCCGGGGCUUUCCUCCGCACGUGGGGGACCGGAUGGUCCGCAGACGUUCCUCUCGUCAUUUCGAUCCACACAAUCCAACAAGACGUCCCACGUUCCUUUGGACGCGUUGGGUCGAAUGAAGAAGACGACGACAGACGGGAGCUCGACCCCUGUGUCCUACUCUCGGUCCUGGCACCGAUGA